CCUUAAAUAAUAUUACUGCGUAAUUACAUAUUCUCGUUUGAUUUACUUAUAUUUCUCCAUCGCGCAUCUCUCCCCAAGCACGAUCUUCUUAAUCGAAUCGAGAAGCCAUGGAUAACAGCAGCAGCAUCAACUCCACCGCCUCUACCACGUCCAAUCUGAGCACUGCUUCCUUCGAAAAGAUCGAUCAGGCGGCGAGCUGGGUGGGCACAACCGUCAUAUCCGCCUUCUUUGCCUCCCUCGAGCGUUGCUCCUGCGUUAAUCUAUCAACCUCCGACGAUGAUGACGACGACGACGACGAAUCCCACAGCCGUCCCCUUGCUCUCUCCCCCGCUCCUCACCCAGACGACAUUGUUUAGCUACUCCCUUUCACGGGUUCCGUUUCUCCUAGUCAGAUCUGGAUGCAUGCUUCUCAGAACUUUUGAUUGAUUGUAUAUGCCUUAUUCCUUGCUUGUUCUUCUUUCUUGAUCCCACAAGUCUAUUUUAUAUUCAGCUCUUUAUUUUAUAUAUCAUUCUGAGAGUUAUUCUCUGACUCUAGGAUCAAUAUGAGAGUUUAAAUUUGCGCAUCAGUUCUUCGAAA